CACCCGUGUACAGUAGACGGAAUGUCCGGAAGCUUUACGAAAGCGGAAGUAGAUACUUUUAAUGGAUCCCCCUCUUUCUUAUCCAAGCCGACAAAAAUUAAGUUUGAAAGACUAUGGCUUGACAUUUCAGAUAAGACUGUGGAAGGGUGGCCUGGAUUUUGCAGCUGUACUUCAUGAUUCAGUGCUUGUAUGAGUAAUAUGCAGAGAUUGCUCACCGGAUCUAUUUGUGUAUGUAAUACCCUUUCAUAGUCCACCAAAUUUUUUGUCAUGAUUCAUCACUUGCAUUUGCUUUUGGCUAUCAUUAGCCUCUUAAGUCAAGGUGCAACAUGCAGCAACAAUCAGAAACAGGCUAAGGGCUGCAUCCCAUCAUGCAUUUGUGAAGGUAAAGCACAUAUUCGGUGUACCAUUGAUUCCCAGUUUAUUGAGAAUGCAGCAAAAUUCAAUCAGUUUUUGAGAGACAAUAAACCUGGAGAGUAUGCUAUUUCUGUACAUUUUAACACAAGUGAAACGAUGAUUCCAGAAAUAUUGAGAGGACUUUCAAUGUUGAGGAAUGUCAGCUUAGCUGGAAACAACAUCAAGGAUGUGCAGAGUGGCAUUUUUGAUGGCAUGUCCAUCCGACACUUAAGUUUGAGUCACAAUGCCAUUACUGAUGCCUCCCCAAAGUCUUUCACUAGAUUAGAUGAUCUGCUUACAUUAGAUCUCAGUUACAACUAUCUAGAAAGUGUUCCAAAAGAUCUAUUUGCUGAGAUGCCAAGGCUGGAGAUUUUAAAUUUAGAACAUAAUGUAUUGAAUAUCUUUCCUGUUGUAAGUAACUUGCCCAGGCUACGUAUUCUCCUGGUGAAUGACAACAGGUUGUCUUUCACUGCCCCUGGUCAGCUAUCCAGUCUGCGAUCCCUUCAGAUUCUUAAACUUCAGAACAAUAGAUUCGUCUCCUUUGACAUUUCACCUCGAACAGAACUGCUCAGUUUACAAAGCCUUGAUAUUUCUGGCAACCCAUUACGAUGCUCAUGCGGCAUUGCUGGACUUGGACAGGUUCUGCAUAGCAACACAUCCUUGUUGGAAAGACCACUGUCAACAAAGUGUACAACACCUGACAAGCAAGUUGUUAUUGUUCGAGAUGUUGUUGGCAAGCUUGAUGAAUGCACUGAACCAUUGACUUCUGUUCCAUUUCAUUCUCAUGUGAUCCUGAUCACAAGCCAUGUGGAGCUGUCGUGCAGAGUCCAUGGAGAGCCUGAGCCUGCUAUUAUGUGGUCAACACCAUGGGGUCAUCAGUUUGCUGAUGUUGCACAUCUGCACAUGUUGGAGGAUCAUUGUGAAGAAUGCCAGCCAGCAAGACGCUACAGGGUUCACGGUUUGACUGGAACUUCUGAAGUGUCAGUUCAGAGUAAUGGUCGCAUUCUGAGAAUUUCUUCAUUCAGCAGCUCCUUUAAUGGCAACAUUUCAUGCACAGCUUUCAACCGUUUGGGUAAUGCAACGGCCAUCCAUUAUGUCAAAGCAUACUCAGCUGUUAAGACAGUAAUGUUGGAGAGUCUUUUCAUUGGUGCAUGCUGUGCUGCUGUGAGUCUUUGUUUAGGCUUUGUGGUAGGAGCAAUCAAACGGGCUGUUCUUCGUUGGUGCAGCUGUGUGGGCAGAAAGAAAAAUGUGAAGCACACCCCAGUCGAUAAUGUGUCUGUGCAAGAGAAUCUUAAUGAAUCCCAUUUUGAAGAUAGAUGCAAAGAAGAUAGCAUGGACUUUGAUGAUGACUACUACCCUCCAGAAACACCUUUCACCACACCUGUGGCAAUCAGCCCUACAUACUCGCCCAAAAAAUCAGGUACCCCUGGCACUCCCCCAGGAGGUGCCUGGCUGCCAUCUAACAUUCUGGAAACUAUGGAAGAAGUGCGCUGGCGGCUUCGCUAUGGAGUUGGUCGCAGGGUGGAAUCUAUGAAGCGCAAUGUGCAUGCCAUCAAGGAAUCAGGUAGCAUGUAUGUGCACAACAUCAUGGAGAGUGGCUCAACAGCUGCAAACAAAGUCAAGGCUGGUGUUGUUCUCGGUGUGGAGACAGUGAAAUAUCAUGUACAGUCUAUUCGAGAGUUUUGUGGCACUGGUGACAUGGGAGUUCAGACUGUGUCCAUGAUUUCUGUGGAAACCAACGUAGAUACUCAGGAAUCUCGAGAAAUUAUCAAGUCAUUCACUAUAGUUUGAUGGGUUAUGAAAAUCAUAACAGUCCCAUGUCUUUUAUAGCUACUGUUAUUUUAAAAUGUUGCAAACUAAAAUAAAAGCAAAGUUUGCAAUUCAUAUAAAUCCUGGAGAAGGAAAUCUGGACAAAGAUUGAGUUGAGCUCAGAUUUAAAACUGUUACAACAAUACAGCAAAUAUUUGUCUGGGACCAUGUUUCUGCUUUCGUUAAAAAUGUUUGUGAACGGUUUUGUAAUGAAAGGACAUUAUGUUUGGAAGGUAGCUGGGUUUGGUGACAUGGGGGUUACAGAGGAUUAUAAUUCAAGCCUUUUUUAAAGACGUAAUUUGUUUAAAAGUGUGAUCAAAAAUGAUUUUAGUAUCAGCUGAAUGCAACAUGGACUUUCUGUUGUAAUACCUGCUUUUCUUUGAUUACAGCAUGAUGAUUAGUUUUGAGUAAAAACAGACAAGGUAUUCCAUUAGAUAAGCUGUAUGUUUUCACAUUUGACCUUAGCACUAACAAGAAGCAAUCCACCCCAAGGGUGAUACAGAACUAAGGGUUUUGUUGAAGCUUGGCUCAGCCUUCUUGUAGGUGUAUAAUUGAAUCAAAUAAUAAAAAUGAUGAACAUUUAUAUAGCACUUUCCCUAAAGAUGUGCUUAGUGUUUCACAAAAAAUGGGAAACAAACCUAAGAAACACACACAGCAGACACAUACUCAUAGAGUGAAUACCAUAUUUCAAGGUUCAGACAUUAUUAGGUGAAGUCAUUCAUAUAAGUCUGAAUUUAAAGGAGGUCAAAGACCUUAAGUGAUGUAAGCUGAAGGAUACUUUUUUUUUCUGAGUUAAUGGUCUUGGUAGAAAAUGACCUCUGUCCGUAUGUCUUUAUCUUAUUAGAUAUAUAAAGAAGCCUGGUGUCAGAAGAUAAACUGAGCAAGUGUGUGCAAGUAUGAAUGUGAGUGAGCUCAGAAAGGUACUGAGAACCAGCACCAGAAACAGAAGAGUCUAUAAACUGCAGUCAGAAUAUUUGAAUUGCAGUCUUCACUGUUUUUCGUUUUGAUUGCUUGAUGGCUUUGCCAUGCCGUUGGAAACAGAACCUCAUCCCCUUUCCCAGAUCAGAGAAACAUUCACAAUGCAUUCCAUUUUGAUUGUGUGCACUUUUUUUUUAAAAAGCCAUCUUCUAUUUCUUGGUCACAAUAUAUGCUAUAUAGUGGGAAUGAUGGUGUUAUAGAAAGCCUUAUGUAUUUAUUUUUCUUUUUUGGUGGGGGUAGGGCGAAAUGAGGAUUUUCGCUCGUGUAUCAUAUGAGACUCAUGUAAAAUUAAGAUCAAUGAUAGGCAUGAGGAAGAAGAUCAAGUAGAGGACAGACCCUUGCUGUAUGCAGAAAAUAUGUAGACUUGAAUGUACACUUGACUGGUUAGAAGAGUGAAGAUUCUAAGAAAGGGAUGCACAUGAGUCCAGUGAGAAGACUGUGCUGUCCAUUAGGACUUAUCAGAAGAAAGAGCUUUCUGCAGGACUGCUGUUGACUACUUUGUCAGGCUUACACACCUAGCAACAUCAAGUCUUCUAACUGUAAGAUUGCAUGAGAACAUUAUACUAUUGAAGAGUUCUAUUUAUUUAGACAGCAGUUUUUCAGAUGAUCCAAUGAAAUACUUUAAUAAGUAAGCAUAUUUGGAAUUUUUUUUACACUCAAGUGAGGAAGGUACUCAUGCUAUAUUGUAUAUUUGAAUGCAUUUAAAAUAUUUUUGCGUCAAACAUUGAUAUUUAUAUUUUAAAAAUAUUUAAGUUAACAUACUAAAUUGGCAUAUGAACAGUACACGUACACUAUGUAAGAGAAGGUUAGUUCUGAGGAAUUCAACAGAAUGUCAGUUCCUAGGAGAGAAAUGUCUUAAGAAUGCUGCCUCACUGCUGCUGAUCAUAUGAGUUGAUAGUGAGUUGAAAUGGUGCACACACUGAAAAAUUUCAGGUCAGGAAUUUUUUUUUUUAUUCUUCAGUUUGCUUUUGCAUUACAAUUGUCUUUUAUUAGCAGGCUUAGAUUUUCAAGUGGACCAGUUACAUCCUGAUGUUGAGGUAUAAAAAAUGUAAAAAAAUUGAUCAGCACAGCAGUCAGAUAUGCUUUCUUUUGGUGAAUGUACUCAGCACUAUAAGAACCUCCUUUACCUUUAUUUAUGAACAUUAGGUCAUAUAAAAUUGGACCAAGCAGCACGGUUUUGCUCAAGAAGUUUGGAGAAUGUUUGAUAAUUAAAAGAUACCAGCUUCUACACCAAAAAUGGAAUAUAUACCCAUACCCAUGUAUAUUUGAAUUCAUGUACGAAAGCAACAUUAUAUUGCCCAUGUAUAUUUGAAUUCACAUAAGAAAGCAACAUUAUAACUUCUGAUAUUUAAAAAUAUCUAUCAGCUGUAAUAUAGAUUUUUUUUUCCAAGCAUUAGCAGGCAAUCAGGUAUGCAUCCACAUUUAAGUAAGAUGUGGUAUGAAGGGUGUGUCUAGAUCAAUACAAAGUACUUUUUACUGAUGUGGCAAAUGGUACUGAGGACACCAGACUGUAUCAAUUGGAUUAAUUUGACAAGUGUGGUCUUUCAAAUUCAGUGACAUUUUAUGUGCAGUACCAGUACAUUUGUAUUUGUGAACUGGCUGAAAAACUGUUUGAAAAGAGGUGGAAAGAAAACUUGGUGGCAUGUUCUUUUUUUAAAAUUUUUCCCUCAUUUGCAUAUAUUCUAAAAGCACUUUUAGAAUAAGCCUGAUUAUAUUUUCUUUUUUGUAAAUUCCAAAAGCACAUGCGUGUAUAGUUGUUAAAGCUUGAUGUAUAAAAUACUGCUGAAAUCAGGAAAGAUAUUAAAAGCUUUAUAGUUUGAUUAAUGUCUUUGAGGAAUCCAUAUUUUCAGCAUGCUUUGUACAUUUUUCCUGCCAGAAAUUUUAUAUUAGCAGCAGGGCUGACAUGUUAUGUAAAGUCACAUGUAGUUCAGUCGCAGGCAGCUUGCCAAAGUAUUAAUGAAGCAUUCACAUAUUUGUUUUACAAAAAAAAUACCAUAAACAGAGCCAUGAGUACUUAAAAUUGUUGACACUCCAAAUGAAGAGCUUCAUGAGCUGCGCUGCGAACAUGCGAAGAGUUAAAUGCAAAUAACUGGCAUCUAAUGUUUUAAACAAUGUCCAGGACAGUGUAAAGAAAUAUUAAGAUAAGAGAUUUGGAUUUGUGAUUGUCUUGGAAGUGUUAGUAUUACUAUCACAGUAAGAUAUCUCCAUUUCCCAACCUUAAUAAUUUGAGAUACUGUAGCUACCAAUACAUUGAGAAUGUGGUAUCCUGGAUUCAUAGUAGGCAUUUUGCAUGUAGCAUCCUGUUUACAUGUUUAGCUGCUUUUGAGUGACAGUGAGGUUGUUGGCUUGUCCCUUUCUUGGAUUUUCUUGAAGUGUUGCAGCGAUUGCACCAAAGGUUAUAGAGAUGUGAAUGUUGAUGAGUGUGCAUCUUUGGCCAUGAUACGACUAUGUGUGUAAAUGGUUUAGUGAGUGGAGGAAUUUUACUCAAGAUAAAAAAGACCAGACCAUUUCAGUGUUGCCAUGACUAAUGUUUUACCUGUUUUGAUGCCAUAAGAUAAAAUGGAGCUUUGAAAAUUGUGAGUGAUCUUUUGCUAGCUGUUUUGAUCAAAGCAUGUAUCUGCUGUACGCUUAUCUAAAGAUUUUUUUUUUUAAAGUUGCAUGCUGGAGCAAAGCUGCAUAUAAUAAUACAAUAAGCUUUUUGUCGGUUUCAUCAGGAUGUCAUUUUAAGGAUAUGCUGCAAGCAGAGUGUGAUAUGAGUAUUUUUGUGCCUUAAACGUAUGCAAUGGAUAUCAGAUCAGAGGUUCACUAAUAAAGAGGCUUGACACCAGCCAACUAGCUUGUAGCAGUUGCUUUACAGAGUUGUGUAGUGUUAGGUAGGUAAUUUGUUAUGUGCACACUAGCCCUUACUAGUAGUGAAUGUGUGACCAGCAUGCCGUAACAUGCGUGUACCUUAUUGUCAUAGAUUUGUUCAGAUUUAUCACCUGCCUAGGAUGUAAGUAUUGUACUUUUACAAUAUUAAAAUAAUACACAUUCCAUGUCUUUAGUUGACAAGGAUGAUUAAUGUAUGGUAUUAGUUUUUUUUCUGUUUGCAGCAUAUAGUUUCAAUCUGCAGGUUUUUGUGAGUUGUCACCCUGCUCCUUUACUUAUUUUCAUACAUUUUAUUAGAAAUUAGAUUUUUUGUUAUGCCAUGUAUAUGUGCUGCUCAGUGUUAACAAAUUAUAUCUGUAAAAUCUUACUGUGUUAGCUGCUAGUCUUGGAUUCUUAGCACAAAUUUCUCAUUUAUUAUAAAAAUGCCACAUUUAAUUGAAACAGGACUGUUUAAGGAACAAAACUGAUUGGUAAAGAGAAAAGAGCUAUUUUCCAAUGUUCCAGCAUGAGGUUUAACAACUACAAAUCUUAAUAAAAGAGAAAAAGUGCAGCUUUGUUUUAAAUCUUACCUUUUUUUAGAAAUAUCUGUUAUCUUAGUAAUUUAGGAAUCCUUCAAAUCUGUGGAGACGUCUUUAGGUCUUGAAUAUCCCUUGCUAUGACUGCUCUUCAGCAUAAGGUGAUGUAGAAAGCACUUGAAUUUCUUUUUCAUUAUUUAGUUGUACUUUGUGCCUUGUCUUCAAAUAUUAUUACUUUAGGUCAUCUUUUGGUGCUGCUUAUCAAUUUUUUGAAAUUUGUAAAUAUGGAAAAAAGAGGGGGGAGGGGGUGAAGAAACAAAAUGUUUGCCAAAAGAGAAUGUAUCAGUAAUCUUACCAUAUCCCUCCAUUAGUAAAGAACAUUGCUUGCUUGCACUAGAAGAUACAAGCUCAGCUUCAACUCAGCGACUUGACAGGUUGCUAUUUACUGCUUAUCUGAUCAAUGCUUUUAGAAUGAUUUAUAUAUUUGUAAAUGGAGCAUUGAUGUUGUUAUUGACAUUGAAGGCAAAGACAGCGAUGCAUGUUCUGCUGGUCUAUGUAAUUAUGACAGUUUUGCAGGUCAAUAUAUUAUGACAGUGCUGCUGCAAAUGUAAUAUGUUAAAUGUUUCAUAGAAUUGUCAUUAGUCUAACCCAAAACUAGCCUGGUAUUUUUUGCGGCCAGCUAGCAUUUGUGUCCUGUACACAGCCCUUUUGAAUCCUCAAAGACCGUGUUACUUCUGUAAGUUAUUUUGUGCAAUAGCCAAGAAUUCAGAAGAAUUUUAGUCAGAAUUCACUCAUAACUUUGCUCACAGGUUGAUGCCCUAGAAGUAGCUAUAUAAUUAUAGAAUUUGUUUAGUGCCCCUCUGGGUGAAAUACAUGCUGAGCCAGUGUUAGGCAAGUUAAUGAAACACGUUUCUUGGGACACAAUUAAAGGAAAAAAAAAAUGAAA